GGUUUUAGUCUGAGUGCGCGUGGAAACGGAUGAGAGAGAAGAAAGUGGAAUUCUGAGAGUUUUGUUGGAUGCGGUGCUGCUGCUAGCUGCUCUUUGUCCCGCGGGCUGCAGCUUUUUCCUCCUGGGCAGAAAGGCCUUCAAAAUAGAUUCCCUCAGGAGUAAAGUGGACUUGCUGCGCCUUCCUCUGGCCCUUUCUACCAAGUCCAUCAGUAGCCGCAAAAGCCAGUUGGGUACGGUCUGGGAGAAGGGCGGCGGCUCAGGGAAAGGAGUUGUGCUGAAACUCCGCCCACCGCCGGCCUCUGACAUGGAUAACGAGUCGACAUACUCGAGCUACUCCUACAAAUCGUCCCAUUCGCGUAGUUCCCGCAAACACAGAGAGAGAAGGGACAGGCAUCGCUCAAAGAGUCGUGAUUGUUCCAUCCGUGGUGACAAAUCGGUGGUCAUCCAGGCUCCAGGGGAGCCACUGCUGGAUGCAGAGUCCACGAUAGCAGAUGAGCGGGAUGAUAACUGGGGCGAGACCACCACAGUGGUCACCGGCACCUCUGUGGACAGCGUCUCCAACGAGGACCUGACACGGAUCACCAAAGACUUGGAAGAUUCCUCCCCUCUCGACUGCCGCCGUUACAUCAGCCCCGUGCUGGGUGCUGUUUUGGGGCUCUUUUCACUCCUCACUCCUCUGGCCUUCUUGGUUCUGCCUCAGCUCCUGUGGCGGGACACGUUGGACCCUUGCGGAACGCCAUGCGAAGGCCUUUACAUUUCCAUGGCCUUCAAGCUCCUGAUCCUCUUUAUCUCCACAUGGGCGCUGUUUCUCCGCCCUCCUCGAGCCACUCUGCCGCGCUUCUAUGUCUUCCGCUGUCUGCUGCUGGCACUGGUCUUUCUCUUCGUGGCGUCGUACUGGCUCUUCUACGGAGUGCGAGUGCUGGAGCCCAGAGAGACGGACUACAGGGGGAUUGUGGGAUACGCAGCAUCUUUGGUGGAUGCGCUUCUGUUCAUUCAGUACUUGGCCCUGGUCCUACUGGAGGUCAGACACCUGCAGCCUGCCUUUUGUUUGAAGGUUGUCCGGACCACAGAUGGAGUCAGUCGCUUCUAUAACGUGGGAUAUCUCAGUAUCCAGCGGGCAGCCGUCUGGGUUCUGGACCAGUACUACAGUGACUUCCCCGUCUACAACCCUGCACUGCUUAACCUGCCCAAGUCCAUCCUCACCAAGAGGUUGUCUGCCUUUAAAGUCUACAACCUGGAAGAAGAGAACAGCACAAACAACUCCACAGGACAGUCCAGAGCCAUGAUUGCAGCAGCCGCUCGGAGAAGAGACAACUCUCACAAUGAGUAUUACUACGAGGAAGCAGAGGUGGAGCGGAGGCUUCGCAAACGCAAAGCCAGGCUGGUGGUGGCCGUAGAAGAAGCCUUCACCCACAUCAAGCGUCACCAGGAUGAAGAAUCAACUGCAUCCUCUCCCAAACACCCCCGGGAGGUGAUGGACCCCAGGGAGGCUGCUCAGGCCAUCUUCGCCCCCAUGGCCAGGGCCAUGCAGAAGUACCUCCGUGCCACCAGGCAGCAGUCCUACCACACCAUGGAGAGCAUCAUCAACCACCUCCAGUUCUGCAUUACACACAACAUGACCCCCAAGGCUUUCCUGGAGCGUUACCUCACCCCAGGCCCCACCCUCCAGUAUCUGGACAACAACAGGGGGCGUCAGUGGACACUAGUAAGCGAGGAGCCAGUGACUGCGUCACUACGCCAAGGCCACGUCUUCUGCCUGAAGCGACUCGACUUCGCCCUGGUUAUUACAGUAACACCCCUUCCUUUCCUACGCCUGGGCGAGGAGUUUAUUGACCCCAAAAGCCACAAAUUUGUCAUGAAGCUUCAGUCAGAGACAUCUGUGUAGGAGGAGGGAGGUGUUGAAUCAAAGAUACUAAUCUUCUAAGGUGUCUUUUUAUAUACCUUUUUAGUAUUGUGUUGUUAUUUUAAAUGAUAUUUUCUUUUUUUAUGACUAUAACACAGAACCGCUGAGCAUAAAUGGUUAUAAUAUCACAUAUUCGUACAGAGAAGAGUGGGCUGAAGCCUUUUUCCUCUGUGAUACUUGUGACAAAAGACAAGAAAAGGAAAGACGCUAGUGCUGAAUGUUAACUUCUGAUAAUGCAACGCAGGCUUCCUCUUCCGUUCACAGCUGGCGCUGCUGCUUGUAUUAAUACUUUUGUAAGUUUUUCAAUAGUUAAAACUGGUACUUCAAUGCAAACACUGGAUGCUUUUUGUAAUUCAUGCUUCAUUUAUAUUUUCUAUACAAUUGAAAUGAAUAUGUUCAUGUUUGAAAAGUAUGUUUGAACUUUUUUAAUUCACUGUUGUGUUUCCCUUUGGGUAGAUUCUCAGAAAUGAUCUUAGUUCCUUUUUUCAGCAAUUUAUUUCAGUUUUUUGGGCUUUUCUAAGCAGAGUCAAAAAACA